AUGACAAAAACAAGUGGGUAUAAUGUUGCCGUGGGGCUAAUUGUUGCCGUUGGCAGCUUCACAUACGGCUUUGGCUUCGCAUCCUUUGCAACUAGCAUCGGCCAGCCAGGCUUCUUCACCUACUUCAAUCUCUCGACAACAGGGCCUGGCGCUGCAUACACGAAUCACAUCCUCGGAGCCGUCAACGCGCUCUUCUUCUUCGGUGCAUGCGUAGGAGCACUCGGUGGUGGCCCUUUAGCUGACAAGAUCGGACGAAAAUGGACACUCCUAGCUGCUUCUGUGGUCGCUGUCAUCGGGGGAGCUUUGACAGCGGGGAGUGUGCACAUUGCUAUGCUGAUUAUUGUCCGUAUUCUCCAGGGAUCUGGUCUCGGUGCUUUGGCGACGUUAACCCCGAUUUACCUCUCCGAGGCUUCGACGCCUUCGAAGCGAGGAAUGCUUACUGGUCUACAUGGCUUCUUUCUCGUGUCGGGAUACAACAUGUCUGCCUGGGUUGGCUUCGGAUGUUUCUUCUCAGAGAACCUCACCUUUGGCUGGCGCGGCCCUUUAGCAUUUACCUGUAUCCCGCCGCUCAUCCUGCUCAUCGGCUGUUUAUGGGUACCAGAAUCUCCCCGCUGGCUCCUAACCCAAGGCCGUGUCGAUGAAGCAUGGACAGUUCUUAGCAGACUCCACAAUGACCCGCAUGAUCCAAACGAAGUCGCCGCGCGCGAGGAGUUCUACCAAAUGAGAAAACAGAUCGAGUUCGAGGCGACGAAUUCGAGCGGGUAUAUGGCCAUCUUCAAAACCCCGGCAUAUCGAAAGCGAGCGUUUUUGUCGUGCUUUGUGCAGUAUGCGGCCAAUGCGACUGGGGGUCUGGUCAUCAACUACUAUUCCGUCAUUAUCUAUGAGAAUCUGGGUUUGAAGACGUAUAUGCCGUUGCUGAUGUACUGCAUAUACACGCUGAUUGGCGCUCUGGGGAAUUUGUUCUCGCUCCUAACUGUCGAUAAAACUGGGAGACGAUUCGCACUUCUGACCGGCUUCACCGGCGUCCUCAUUACCGUCGUCAUCGAGGCUGCAAUGGUAGGCUGCUUCGUGACCGGCUCUAAGCCCAACAUCGGCGGCCAAAAAGUUGCCAUUGUAGCUAUCAUGUUCUUCGUGUUCUUCUACGGCCUGUUCAUCGAUGCAGCAUCCUUCAUUUACAGCUCCGAAAUCUACCCCACGAAUAUCCGCUCGCCGGGUGUAGCGUUGGCGACGUUCACGUAUUUUGCGGCUUGUAUUACGUUUGUCACGCCCGGGGCGACAGCAAUUGCGAAUAUUGGAUAUAAGUAUUUUGUUAUCUUCGCAUGCCUAACAUUCGUCUCCGUGGUAGUGAUUUACCUCAUGUACCCGGAAACCAAAGGCAAGUCAUUGGAAGAGCUAGCGGAGUUGUUCGGAGACCCUGUAGUCGUGCAUCUCACCGAUGCCACCGAGGAGCAGAAGGAGAAGAUUGAUCAGGAGAUAAAGAAUGAGCUGUUUGCCGAACAUCGAGAAAACUUCAGGGCUUAGAUAAGGAAAGGUGUGGGAUUAGUAAUUCAGGAGAUGGUGAGGUGGUUAUGUUGUAGAAUCUAGGAAGGCGGUGAGGAAGUUGAAUUGAAGUUUGCAGCCAGUACGGUGUACGUGGUGUCGUGUCGGGAGCUCAUGGGUGUUUCCCCCCUCUCGUGACAUGAUUACCGCGUGCUACCGGCUUCACAUUUGUGGGUCGAUCAAGGGGUGUGAGGCAGAAGCGGUGGAUCAGCGAGCGCAACCUUACCCAUAGGCACGGCUCUCAGACCCAGUUAUAAGUGUCCCCUUUUUCUUCCCUUUCUUGAUUUCCUCUCCUCGCUGAACGCCUCUGCACGCCAGUUCCAAAAUGCUACGGAGAAGAGGAUAUGGGGAUCCACUCCUACGUCUCCCUCCGUACCAAAAAACCACUGUAAACC